AAAGGAUGGCUAUCUUGGAUACAACCUAAUUAUCACAGCAAAAAUAAUUAUGGAGUGUUUUUAAAAUGCUUAGAGCAGCAAUAGGAAGAAACAAAAUAGAGUCUAUCGGCAUCUGCAAGAGACAGAUGAGAGGUUUCACACGAAGGGCAUCUUUCCUCUGUGUGCUGGCUUGAUGGUUCCCGUACUUCUGAGACCGAACAAUUGAAACAGAAGUAUCCUCUCAGUUUCUCCUAAAGUCCUAUAGACAAAUUCCUAAGCUGGCUUUUGCUCUGCUGUCCUAGACAGCAGCUAAAUGCCAUCCAUCUCUGCACCCAGGCUCAAUGGCAGCACUUGGAAGCUGCUUCCUGAAUUUAUGUAAUAAAAUACCAGAUCUAAUGUUGGAAAACAGCUCUCCAAAGAGAGACAUGCAUGCUCAGACUUCUAGGCAAUAGAUUCUGGAUUCAGAAUAUGAGGGGAUGAUGUUACUAGCUCUGCUGAGCACCAACCACUUCUGCCAUAGCAUUUUCAAUAAAGAAUUAUAUGACCUUACUAUUUCAUCUUGCAGUUCCAAAACCAAUAAACAACAGAAUGUGAGGAAGGAAUUAUAGUCCCUAGAAAUAGCAGUACUCCCUGCUCCUUAGAGUUUAGAUUUAGUUUCAGUGUGUGCCAAGGUAUAGUAUAAGACCCAAUGAUUCUUCCAGUCUUCCUAACUGGAGGGGUGGAGGAACCUCCAUUAUGUUAGAUCAGUUUUAUUUCUUAGUGGAGUUUUGGAUGAUGGUUUUAUCUUGGGUUGGGAAAACUAAACUCUGGUUUUUAGUUUUUCCCAACUCAAACGUAGGUGUGAGUUAGUUUGUGUGAGUCUAGUUAGUUAGAAAUCUCAGUAAAUUAUCCUUUAAUUACAUAGAGCUUUGGAAAGAAUGCUUCCUGAGCUCAGAGACAACACUGUUACACUUGGUAGAUCAUACUAUAUAUUUCUUUAAAUGAGCUGUUACCCUAAUAGGUCAGCAUCUAUUCCUAUUCGAGUCUUUAUUGAAACAAUAAUAAGAACACUUACAGUCUAAUUAAUUUAUCUGAAGCCUUAAAAAAAAAAAAAGAGAGAGAAGAAAACAUAGUGGCAUAUUUAACUAUGCUUAACUAUUUACCACAGCAGUCUAUCACAGUUACAGUGAGGUAUUUAAAAAUAAGAACUAUAUAGUAUGAGAGAAUCACAGAAAGGUUUGGGUUGGAAAAGACCUUAAAGAUUAUCCAGUUCCAACCUCUUGCCAUGGGUAGGGGUGCCACCCACUAGACCAGGUUGAUUAAAGCCACAUCCAACUUAGCCUUGAACACUUCCAUAGAUGGGACAUCCAGAGCUGAGAGGAACCUGUUGCAGUGCCUUAUCACCCUCUGAAUAUGGAUGGUUUUUUCCUAGCAUCUCAUCUAAAGCUCUCUUCUUUAGUUUAAAACCAUUUACCACUUGUCCUAUCACUAUGUGCCCAUACAAAAAGUCCCUCUCGCUCUCAUAUGAGUCUACAUCAAGUGUCACAGAAUUGGGUUGGAAGAGGCCUCUGGAGAUCAUCUAGUCCAACUCUCUUGCCAAGCCAGGUUCACCUCCAGCAGAUGACACAGGAGCUCCUCCAGAUGGGUUUUGAAGGUCUCCAGAGAUGGAGACUUCAUGACCUCUGUUCCAGUGCUCUGCCACCCUCAACAUAAAGUUCUUCCUCAUGCUGAGGUGAAACUUCUUGUGUUUUAGCUCAUGUCCAUUGCUCCUCGUCCUGUCGCUGUGCACCACAGAAAAGAAUCUGGCACCUUGGCACCCUUGGCACCUGCCUUUGACACAUUUGUAUGUAUUAAUGAGAUUUUCUCCCAGCCUUUUCUUCUCUGGACUAAACAGGCCCAGCUCCAGCAGCCUCUCCUCACGAGACAUGUGGAAGACCACAACAAGGUCUCCCCAGAGCCUUCUCCUCUCCAGGCUGAACAACUUCGGCUCUUUCAGUUUCUCUUCAGAGGAGAGGUGCUCCAGACCACUGAUCACCUUGCAGCUUGUAUCAUUGGGGAACUACCUCUAAUUUUCAUUUGUACGAUCGGGAUAGAUGCAAAAUGGUACUUCUGGCUUGCAGGUUUCCCAUGUAGGCAGGCAGAGAUGGCAGGAAGCUUUCUUAAUUACAGGGUUAUUGUUUCUAAAGUCGGGCUCUAGCCCCCGCACCGUCUCUCGGCGGGCGCCCGCCUGGCAGGGGCCGCCUUGGGCCGGGCCUCCCCCGGCAGGUCGCGGCUCCUCCCCGCCGCUCUGACUCACGGCCCGGCCCCACUUACACAAACUCUGCGGCCGGUGCCGCGCUGGGGCCGCCCGCCGUGAGGGAGCGCGGGGCAAGAUGCCCGUCCUGAGGGGACGGAGCCUUCGUGGCGGGCUAGCGUGAGAGUGCUCCCGUCCGAGGGACGAACGACGGCCCCGCUGUCCCGUCGCGGACGGCGAUUUAUCUGGGUGGCCACCUCCCUCCCACUUUCCUUGCUUCCUUCCCGGAGCCGGUGGUUUCGGCGGAGAGGGAGUGCAGCCCGCCUGGCUCCUCCCCGGAGAAACUUUCUGUCGUCAGGCGCGCCAGCGUCGGUCGCAAACUUCUGGGAAAGAGAGGAGCCAGGCUUCGAGCAGGGCUGCGUGAGCGGGCGAGGUGAGAGCAUGGGAUACGCGCGUUUAUUUUCCGGAAGGCUUUUCCUCCCAAGUGUGACGCCUAACGGAGUGCCAGAUUUCUGUGGGUAUCAAUCUCACCAUGAUGCUUGAACAUCUGUAGCUCACUGGAAGAUUUAGAAAAGAAACUCAGCAUGACCUAGUUGGCUCGACCUGUGAAAAUUUUAUAAUGUCCUCUGGAACAAGUAUCAGCAGAAAUAGGCAGGCUCCCAGCCUGCAGGGUGUUGACCCAGAAACAUGCAUGAUAGUGUUUAGAACACACUGGGCACAGGUUCUGAAAAUCUUAGAGAAGCACGAUCCUUUGAAAAAUACUCAGGCAAAGUAUGGGGCAAUCUCACCUGAUGAGGCCAGCACUGUCCAAAAUUACGUGGAACACAUGCUUUUCUUAUUAAUUGAGGAGCAAGCAAAAGAUGCCUCGAUGGGGCCUAUUCUGGAGUUUGUGGUCUCAGAAAACAUCAUGGAGAAGCUUUUCCUUUGGAGCCUGCGGCGGGAGUUCACCGAUGAGACAAAAAUUGAGCAACUCAAAAUGUAUGAAAUGCUCGUAACCCAGUCUCAUCAGCCUUUGCUGCAUCACAAGCCCAUUUUGAAGCCUUUGAUGAUGUUGCUGAGUUCCUGCUCAGGAACAACCACCCCAGCAGUGGAAACAGAGUUGGUUGUCCUCUUGAACCAGCUCUGCUCUAUAAUAGCCAAAGAUCCUUCCAUUUUAGAACUGUUUUUCCACACUAGUGAGGACCAAGGAGCUGCCAAUUUCCUCAUUUUUUCCCUGCUGAUCCCCUUCAUUCAUCGAGAAGGAACAGUAGGCCAACAGGCCCGGGAUGCACUGCUUUUCAUAAUGUCUCUGUCUGCAGAAAACAACCUUGUUGCAAAUCACAUAGCAGAAAACACCUAUUUUUGCCCAGUGCUAGCAACAGGACUAAGUGGCCUCUAUUCAUCUUUGCCUACAAAGCUGGAAGAAAAAGGAGAAGAAUGGCACUGCCUGAUGAAAGAUGACUGGCUUUUGUCACCAGCCCUUGUACAAUUCAUGAAUUCCCUUGAAUUUUGCAAUGCUGUGAUACAGGUGGCACAUCCCUUGAUACGCAACCAGCUUGUGAAUUACAUUUACAAUGGAUUUUUGGUGCCCGUAAUGGCUCCUGCGCUCCAUAAGAUGACAGUGGAGGAAGUGAUGACUACGACUGCAUACCUGGAUCUCUUCUUGCGCAGCGUUUCAGAGCCAGCACUCCUCAAGAUUUUCCUCCGCUUUAUUUUGCUGCACCGACAUGAGAAUGUUCAUAUCCUGGAUACACUUACCAGCAGAAUCAACACACCAUUCCGGCUCUGUGUGGUCUCCUUGGCCUUGUUCAGAACUCUCAUUGGCUUGCAUUGUGAAGAUGUGAUGUUACAGCUAGUUUUAAGGUAUCUGAUCCCGUGCAACCACAUGAUGCUGAGCCAGCGGCGAGCUGUGAAAGAGAGAGACUGUUACUCUGUAUCUGCUGCAAAACUGCUGGCCCUGACACCUCUCUGCUGCUCCACUGGAAUCACUUUGACACUUGAAAGCCAAGGAAAAGACUAUAUUCUCUGGACAAAACCCGCACAAACAAAAGAUCCUGGUAUAUGCUCUUCUGAGUCUGCUUGCAUUGUGGAAUAUGGAAGGGCUGUGGACAUCAGCUACUUGCAGUACCUGGGGGAAGCUCAAGAGGCCAUCAUCCAGUGCAUGAAAGACUGUAAGGUUUGGUCUGCCUUGUAUGAUGGAGUAAAUCCUGAUCCAGACACCUUUAUCCAGACACUUGCAGAGGAGAAUGGUACGGAUGUGGAACACCCCAUGUUUCGGCUCCAGCAAAGGACACCGAGCUCAUGUAGCUCUGCUCAAGCAACUCCAUUCAGUGAGAAGAUGCAGCUGGAGCUAGAAUGGGAUGAUAGCUAUGACACAGGGAUUUCGCCUGGUUCUAAUGUGAGCUCACCACAACCAUACGAUGGUCUGGGAAGCACAGAAAUGCAGCCACCUGCAGAGCCCCCAAAACACAUUCAAGAAAUGAAAAAAAAUGCCAUUAUGCUCAUCAAAGGCUCUUACAUAGAGGAGUCAGACUUUCAGGAUGAUGUUAUGGUUUACAGGUUAUGUGCCCAGAAGGAUACUCAAGAUGACAGCUCCAAAGAGAAACCUUUAAAUGUGGCCAGAGAACACAAGGUGCAGAGCCAGACUGUAGUCAAUGGGUCUCUUGCAAAGACCCAGCUGGAAAUGGACUUGGAUGAGCACAGUAAGAGAGAUUCAAGCUCAACUAAAGGUGUAAUGAGAGAACAAAUAAACCAGAAAAUGACUGAGAUUGAUCCACAGCCAGACUUAGAAUUAAAGAUUUCUUCUCAGGAGGCAGAUUGUAACUUAAGUGUAAAACUGCUGAGCACAGAUGGUGAGGAUUUCAUUGCACAGUAUGAUAGAAUUAUUAAGGAACUGGAUCCAAACAGUGCAAGCUUGGAGGAGCAGAAGUUGGAUGCUCCUGAUCCUGUCUCUCCAGCAGAAGAAGAGGAGGACUUUGAGAAUUUCUCAGCAGAUACCCCUUCUGCAGAGAGCAUAUCAUCUCCCUUUGGACCAAAGGAGGAUGUCUCUCCCAAGCACUCUCCAAGGAGCCAGAGUGCUCCAUUUACAGGACCAUUCAUCAGCGUAGUGUUGUCGAAGCUGGAGAACAUGCUGGAGAAUUCCUUGCAUGUAAAUCUGCUGCUCAUUGGGAUUAUUACUCAGCUGGCAAGUUACCCACAGCCGCUUCUUCGCUCCUUUCUGCUCAACACCAACAUGGUGUUUCAGCCUAGUGUGCGCUCACUCUAUCAGGUGCUGGCAUCUGUGAAAAAUAAGAUUGAACAUUUUGCUUCCAUUGAAAAAGACUUCCCAGGUCUUCUCCUGGAGGCCCAACAGUACUUGCUUUUUCGUGUGGACAUGUCUGAUGCUGCGGAAGAAUUUCUCACCAAAGGUAAUGUCCAGCACAGCAGCAACACAGGGAAAGGAAGGAAUCUUCCUGAAGCUUACCCGGCUGUACUGCAGCCUUUCCUGGGACAGAAAGUAAAGAAAGGCCUGGCUCAUCCCAGCCUUCCUGCGCACGUGAGGAACGCAGUACUUGCAGCUGCCCUUUUCCCGGAGUUCCUGAAGGAGCUGGCAGCUCUAGCCCAGGAGCAUUCCAUUUUAUGUUACAAAAUACUGGGGGAUUUUGAAGAUUAUUAUUAGUGGGUUUUUAAAAUGUAUUUUAAAAAAGCUUUUGGCGUUUAAACAGAUUUUUAAUGCAAAGCUGCUUUCAAAAGAAGGUUGUACUUCAAUAUUUCCUGAAAAUACUUGAUUUGGAAAGGGGAUGAAGGAGGCAAAAUAAUAUUCCACUUAGGCCUUAUAAUUUGCCUCUGUGCUACAUAACUUAUUUGAGAUUUCUGAUACAGCUCUUACUGCAACUUCCUUUUUCAUACUUCCCUCUUUACAGAACCACCCUUCUUCAGUGUCACUAAUUCCUGCUGAAUUUCUGCUAUAGACAGUUGUUGGCUGGCUAAGAGACACAAACAUGUUAGCUUUUUCUGUUCCGGAAAGACUCUUCUGGAUAACUUGUUAGGAGACAAGUUUGUUUGAAAAAACAUUGCCCCAUGGGAAAAGUUCAUAGUAUAAAAAGACAUGCAAAAUCUGCACAAAACCCCCUUAUAUGUAAGGCUGUGCUUCUUGAUGUCAUUGUCGUCUUUGCCUCUUCCUUUGCUUCACCCUGAAGCCAGGUUCUUACCAAUCCACAUUCAACCCCCCCUUUUUAACUACAGGCUCAGGUUUUCUGAAUUCAAGUGAUCUUAUGUGUAGUAAACCCAUGAGUAGCUGGAAGCAGGUGCUGGGCCCUACACAUACCAUGUUGCCUUAUGUUGCAGACAGAUCUGCAGCUAUCAGCUGUUGGGCUUUGAAGUCCAAAGAAGUGUGUAAGUGGAUGUGGAUUGCAGACUGCCUGGAAUUUUCCUUGUGGUUCCUCAGCAUUCCUUGAUAACUCUUGCAUUGCUACCUAAGCCCGCGAGUAUGCCUUAUUUAGUAAGAUUUGCACAAAGUAAAAAACAAAAUGUUUCUAUGCAAGCUCUUAGUAGCGUCUAGUUUAUUUGUAUGCUUGUUUUAAUAAGCUAAAGAAAGAUACUCAGUAUCUUUCUGUAGCAUUAAAUAGACAGCAGGCUGGUUUUUGUCUUUUUUUGUCUUUUUUUUAUUAAAUGAAAAAGGUUUGCUUGCUCAUGAAA